GCAAGACUGCCCAAUGGCGGUGGAGCGGUGACUCCAGGUAAUCCUUCGUGGCGAUAUGUACGCUGCACGUCGUAUAAUCCACGGUGGUCCAGAACUGGCAGGGCCAGCCAUUGCAAUCGAGUCGCGGAAUUAGGCAGCCACUGGUGUUGAUGAGGAGGUGCGGCCUGCGCUGAGCUCGUAUGUUGGAAUCAUCAAACCGCGACCUCAUGGCGUCCACGGCGGAUCUUCCACGAUAUAUCCAUCUCACGGCAGAUGAACGGAGUCGCCAGGCCUAUAGUCCUGCCAAUGUCCAGAGCGCCCUCGAAGGUCUCUACCAAGAUGGCUUGCUCAUUCUCAAAGGCGUAGUCGACGUCGCUCACAUCGACCAUCUUUACCGCGUCAUGACCAGCGAGACGAAAAGCAUCAUGGAAGACGGCCGCCGGGCCGGCAAAUACAAUCAGGGGGUCAAUAGUAAUAUUCUUCAGCUGCCGCCCGUCAAUCGGCAAGACUGCCUGUUCGACGAUGUCUGGUUCAAUCCGUAUGUCGUGCAGGUUGCACAAGCGUACCUUGGUUCGAAGCCGGUGACCAAUUUCUGCACCGCAAACAAUGCCUUGGCUGGUACGGGUGGGAUGCGCCAACCUGUCCAUAAGGACAUCACAUUUCAUCACCCGCUGUGUCCAUUCUAUUUCAUAGCGAACAUUGUCUUGUCCGAUUUCACCGAGGCGAAUGGAGCAACUGAGACCUGGCUGGGUUCGCACGCUCAUACCACCAGUCUCGAUCAAGUGCCAUGCACUGAGGAGACCAAAGUGCGGAAGCAAGUCCCGGGAGACCCAUCCUGCAAUGUUAAGCCCGAGAUCGUAGAAGAGCGAAGAAAGGUUCGUCCUCCCGUGCAGGCCAGCUGCGUGAAAGGCGAUGUUAUGAUUCGAGACUUGCGGACAUGGCACGCCGGCAUGCCGAACCAGAGUGCCAACGAUCGUAUCAUGAUUGGUAUUGGGUAUCAAGCGCCGUGGUAUCAGAACAACACGCAGCGACUCUUCUUACCAUUGGAGCACGCCAACUUCUUCAUGAAGCAUGGAGGUCAACCCGUGGAGCUGCGAGCGAACUUCUGCGAUCAGGAGCACCUCGAUCAGCUCUGGAAGAACUACGACUUCACCUUUGAGCCGUCUGUGUCCGUAGUUGCGCCUGACAAAGCGCAAGUAAACGCCAAGUCUGUAUAAGUGCGAUGCUUGAGGAUUUGCGUUGUUGAGUCAAUAUAGACAGGUAUUCAGAGGAGCCAUGAUAGAGUCAGAGCAACACAUAGU